AUGCCAUUCGUAAAAGAUAGCCAGGAUCGAGAUAUCGUUCCAAUCUUCAUCGACGGCGCAGCCUUGCCGAUCGACGGAUCCCGCAUACACCCCGUGAUAGGAUCGACCGACGACAGGACCCUGCAUUACUACGCUGCCGCUGACAGAGCGGCUUGCGAUAGAGCGUGCGAGGCGGCGUGGAAAACCUUCGUUGGGGAAGCGCUCGCGACAGGGGCGAAUGGCUGGCGACGAGUAUCGGCAGAGACGCGGAGAGAUAUCCUUCUGGGUGUGGCUCAUCUAUACAACAAGAGACGAGCCGAACUCGUCGAAGCACAAGUCGCAGAGACGAAUUGUCCUGAAGCAUGGGCUGAGCAGAACGUCAACCUCUCGAUCAAAUAUCUGAAGGAAAUCGCUAGCCGUAUCAGCUCCAUUCACGGCGAGAUCCCGCCUAUCGAGAAGGAAGACACGUUCGCCUUUGUCUUCAAAGAGCCCAUAGGCCCCAUUCUCUGCAUCCCACCAUGGAAUGCAGCCCUCGUCCUCGCAACUCGUGCCCUCGCAAGUGCCAUAGGAGCAGGCUGCACGGUCGUCCUCAAAGCCAGCGAGCUCUGCCCAUACACGCACAGCCUAAUCGUGGACAUCUUCCACGAAGCCAAGCUCCCCAAAGGCGUCCUCAACUCGCUCUCCACAGACCGAUCCACCGCCGCAGAAAUCACCACCCACCUCAUCGCCAACCCACACAUCCGCAAAAUCGAAUUCAUCGGCUCCGCAGCCGUAGGCCGUGAAAUCGGCGCCGUGGCCGCCAAACACCUCAAACCCAUCCUCAUGGAACUUGGAGGGAAGUGUCCCGCCCUCGUCCUCCAAGGCGCAGAUCUCCACAAAGCCGCCAACCUCUGCGCUCAGGGGGCUACGCUGCACCACGGCCAGAUCUGCUUCUCAACGGAGAGAAUCAUCGUGCAAAAAUCCAUCGCGAAAGAAUUUCAACCCCUCCUCCUCAAAGCCAUCAAAGACCAACCCCCUGCCCGAGCUGUCAGCGCCUCCUUCGCAGAGAAAGGCUCCGCUCUCCUCCAACACGCCGCCUCCUCCCCGGGAGCGAAAUUCCUCACGGGCUUCCCGACUCUAUCCACGCCCGCUAGUCUCACACCCAGCAUCAUCCUCAUCGACACAUCCAAAGACCCGAACAUCCGCCUCAUCGAUGAAGAAUCCUUCACACCCUCCGCUUCUCUGUAUGUAGUGAACGACGACAUCGAAGCAAUCCGCGUCGCGAACAGCAGUUCGUACGGCUUGAAUGCGACAAUUCACUGUAAUGAUAUGGAGAGAGCGAUGAAAGUCGCGAGGGAGCUGGAGGCCGGGCAGGUGCACGUGAAUUCGAGCAGUGUGUUUACGAGUGCGACGGGGCCGCAGGGCGGUGUUAAGGGGAGCGGAUGGGGGAGACAGAAUGCGAAGUGGGGGUUGGAGGAGUUUUUGGUGGAGAAGUUUGUUACGUGGCAUGGGAGGGGUGGAGCUUGA